AUGUCAAUUCGCCCUUCUGUCAAAUCAUGGUCUUCGACUUUAAGACUACCUAAAUCUUCUUUCCCUCCUCGUCCUCUCCCUGCAGAGCAACCAAAAUACCUUCAACGAUGCUCCGAUGAUCUUUACAAAUGGCAAAGCCAUGAAAGAUCUACCAAGAAGCCGUUUAUUCUUCAUGACGGUCCUCCAUACGCCAACGGACCUCUUCACGUGGGACAUGCUGUAAAUAAACUCUUGAAGGAUAUUAUUUGUCGAACCAAGCUUCAACAGGGUCACCGAGUUGUGUGGGUUCCAGGAUGGGAUUGCCAUGGUCUUCCGAUCGAGAUCAAGGCUCUUGAGCAAGAACGCGAGAAGAAUAAAGAUGGCGGAGGGGUAUUGGAUGCCAUUGGAAUUCGGAAAGCUGCUCGGAACCUAGCAAGCAAAACCGUAAAAGAACAUAUGAAAGGCUUCCGGGAAUGGGGUGUCAUGGCAGAUUGGGAUAAGGCUUGGAAGACAAUGGAUAAGACAUUCGAAACCAAACAACUUGCAGUUUUCCAGGAAAUGGUCAAGAAAGGCCUUAUUUUUCGACGUUACAAACCGGUUUAUUGGUCACCUUCAUCAAGGACAGCUCUUGCAGAAGCGGAGCUUGAGUACAACAACGAACAUAUUUCAACGUCUGCUUAUAUCAAAUUUCCUAUCACGAACAUUUCCAACGAACUAACAGACAUCAUCCCCAAUUUAAAUAAACUUUCGGCAUUGAUAUGGACUACUACACCUUGGACCCUUCCCGCAAAUAGAGCCAUUGCAUUUCAUCAAGAUCUGACUUAUUCUGUUGUCAAAUGUGACGACGAACACCUGAUCAUUGCCGAUUCUAGAAUCUCUGCCUUACAAGAGUCAUGUUUCAAAGAUAAAGCCGUCGAGAUUGUUCAACGAAAUAUUCCUAACUCCGUCCUCAAAACUCUAACGUAUACCAAUCAACUUCAUGGCCAAAACUCUGAUGUUCAACCCUUGAUUCAUGCCGAUUUUGUAUCGGCUGAUUCUGGCACUGGACUGGUUCAUUGCGCCCCUGGCCAUGGUAUGGAUGAUUAUGAGGUUUGCACUCGUCUUGGUAUAGAAGCUGUUGCUCCUGUAAAUGAUCUUGGCUGCUUUACCGAUGCUGCUCUUCCUGACGAUCCAAGUGCUUUGUCAGGUAAGUCGGUUUUAGAUGAUGGCAAUAUGGAGGUUCUGAAACUUCUCGGAGAUCAAGUUCUAUUCAUAUCAAAAUAUAAGCAUAAGUAUCCUUACGAUUGGCGAACAAAACUUCCAGUCAUUGUCAGAGCCACAGAACAGUGGUUUGCAGAUGUUGGAGAUGUCAAGAGUGUUGCUCUAGAAAGGUUAAACGAUGUGUCAUUCAUCCCUCAAACCGGAAAGCAAAGAUUAGAAAGCUUCAUCAAAUCUAGGAGUGAAUGGUGUAUCUCGAGACAACGAGCUUGGGGGGUUCCAAUACCUGCACUGUAUGACGAAAAUGGCACAGCCUUGUUAACUGAUGCAAGUGUUGCACAUAUUCUAUCAGUUAUCGAUGAACGAGGCAUUGAUGCAUGGUGGUCAGAUCCAGAGAACGAUCCGGCAUGGAUUCCCGCCGGAAUGAACGGUACAUAUCGACGAGGCAAAGAUACUAUGGAUGUUUGGUUUGACAGUGGCACUAGUUGGUCGCAGACCAACCAACGUGCUGAUGUUUACUCUGAAGGCACUGAUCAACAUAGAGGGUGGUUUCAAUCAAGUUUAUUAACUCACACCGCUGUUGCUGAUAGUUCAGAGGCACCUUUCAAAACAUUGAUAACACACGGUUUCACCCUUGAUCAAAAUGGCAAGAAAAUGUCUAAAUCAAUUGGGAAUACAAUAGCGCCGAGCCAAAUAAUGGAUGGUUCCCUUCUUCCGCCUGUGAAAAUAAAGAAGGGCGGUAACAUUUCUCAAGGACUGGGAGCUGAUGCAUUACGCUUAUGGGUCGCUAGCAGCGAUUAUACUAAGGACCUUGUCAUUGGUCAACCAGUUCUUGCGACUGUAAACUCCGCUUUACUAAAGUAUCGAAUCACUUUCAAAAUGUUGCUCGGAUCAAUGCAUCAGAGUGCCAGGACUUCACCAUUGACUAAACUGGACAAAAUAGCUUUGGUUCAAUUGCGAGCAGUCAUGGCUGAAGUCGACUCGGCUUAUGAUUCAUACGAGUUUAACAAGGCUGUAAGUGCAAUCAAUCGAUGGAUCCACACAGACCUUUCCGCAUUUUACCUUGAAGCUAGUAAGGAUAGACUUUACUGUGGUGACGGAGGAGGUGUCCUGGAAGAGAUAUUCCACGGUCUCCUGAAGAUGUUAACUCCAAUCACUCCUUGCCUUGUUGAAGAGGUUUGGAACCAUCUGCCUGCCUGGAUGGCUGCUGAAAAUCCAGUUCAUCCAUUUCAUCGUGAAUUUCUUGAUCCUAUUAUCUCUUCGAGUCGGCUCUCUGCCGCAGAAUGUUCAUUGAUCGAGCAAGACAUUCCAUGGUUAUUAAUGGCACAGACUGCCAUUAAGAGCGCACAAGAAGAGGCUCGCUCUGAAAAGAUUAUCGGGUCUUCUUUAGAAUCAUCCGUGUUGAUAGAUAUGCCAUCAAAAGGCCACGAGGUAUUCAAGCGCUAUGCAGAUGAGCUAGAAAGUAUUUUUGUUGUAUCAUCCGUGGAGUUCGGUAGCGAUGUUAAUAGAGGAGAUUGGAAGUUUUCCGCGAAGUUGCAUCCACCAGGAUGGCAUAACCCGGAUGACGAAGGAAAAGUAUGGGUUCUACCUCCUAAAGACAAAAAGUGCCCUAGAUGUUGGAGGUAUGUAGCUCCAGUAGAGGAUGAGCUUUGUGGGAGAUGCGGAGAUGCUAUUGCUGUAUAA